AUGGCCCAUACUUAUCCAUCAUUCAAUAUUUCCAAAUCGACCGCCACCACGUCCACCACUAAUGAGAACACCACUUCAGGCAUAACUGCUAGCAGUUCACGGCCUGGAUCAGGUGAUGAGGGGGUUUCUGCCCUUGUAACCACCACUGGUGGAGUUGUGAGUGGUACCGGUAGUGGGAGCGGGAGUGGUACUAAUAGCCCCUUUUUGAGAAGUAUACUUACCAAGACUCCACCAGCUACUGAAACCACAACGUCUCCCAAGUUUGGACUCAUGGAUCCUGUUCCGGUGAGCAGUGUGUCCCCCACUUUGGCUACCAUGGGUAGUGGAGAUUCGAAAAAGAUUAGCAGUAAGAGUGAGUUAAUAGGACUUUUUGAUAAGUUUGAUAUCAAUAAGAAGGAACCGGAACAAAAGGAAGAAGUUGAGGUUGAAAAAGAGAAGGUUCCAGAAGAUGAUUUGCAAGUUGAUCAAGGUCUGGUUGUGAACCAUCCAACCCAAUUAAUAGAAGAGAAAGAAGAAAACAACGAAAUUGAAGAUAAGGAUACAGAGAAAGAGAAUGAGAAUGAGAAAGAAGAAGAUGUUAAAGAAAAGGAUGGUGAGGUACAAUUGAAGAAUUCCUUAGAUGGAAACAAUGAGAAAGUUGGGAAAUCUCAAGAAAUCAGUGAAAAGAUGGAAAAGGAUAAUCACAUAGUACCGGAAACCGUCGAUGAGGCUGAGACUGAACUUGUAGAAAUGCUGGAAAAACCUCAACCACUUCCGAUGGAUACUGAGAGUGCUAGAAGUAAAAUCGACGAUGCACUCUUAAAUCUCACUGGAGACGAUGUGGAGGGAAAUGACAAGGAAGAAGAAAAUGAAGAUGAAACAUUGCAAGAUUAUAAUGAAGUGAAUGACAAUUCCAACGAUGAUGAAUUUGCAUUAUCUCCGCACUCUGAAUCCACACCAACAGUUGCUGAAACCCAAGACGAGAUUGUAGCGCUGAAAAAACUUACUUUACAGGUUAACUCGGAUGAACAACAUCAACAAUCACAUAAACCAUUUGACUUUCAAACUUUUUUGUUGCAAUUGAAGAAAAAAAGUGCUGAUCCAAUCGUCCGGUACAUCCGAUCAUUUCUUGUUUCAUUUUCUAAACAAGCACAUACUUUCUCUCCGAAGCAAAAGGUUAAGAUAAUACGUGACUUCAAGAUCUUUAUGUAUGAGAAAUUCACCUUAUACGAGCCAUUUGCAUCGAUGGAUGAAAUCGAUUUAGAGAAUUCUCGUGAAGGUCUUGAAAAACUUAUCAUGAAUAGAUUGCACGAAUAUUGUUUCCCACCUGCUAUUGCUAAACAACUUGAUGAUGAGAGUAAGAAUCGCUCCAUUUACAAGGAAUUGAAACUAGACCAAAAAUUUAUAACUCAAGUGGAGAAAUUCAGUUGGGUCAAUGGCUCCCAUUUAGAUAUUGACUUGAAUACCUUGACCAAGACGUCUGAUAAGAAGAGUGGACUCAAUUUUAUGGAAUAUGCCAUUGUUGAGUUGAAUAAAAUCAAUAACUAUAGAGCUCCUAGAGAUAAAAUUAUUUGCGUUUUGAACCUGUGCAAGAUCAUUGUUAGUUUCCUUAAGGUAAGUAAACAGGAAACGAAUGCCGAUGCAUUUGUACCGUUGUUGAUUCUUGUGUUAAUAAAGGCCAAAACAAAGCAUCUUGUGAGUAAUAUGCAUUACAUUGAGUCGUAUAGAGCUGAAGAGUGGGUAUCACAUGGCGAAACCAGUUACUAUAUCUCAUCCUUACAAGGUGCUCUAGGAUUUGUUCAAGAAUUGAGUUUCAAUGAUCUUACUAUCAGUGAGGAAGAAUAUGAUGCCCAUAUGGAAGCUUGGGAAGCGCAUGAAAAGCAAUUAGAGAGAGAGCGUGCAGAAGCCUCGACUUCUAUUGUUUCCUCCAAUUCUGAAGUGCAAAAACUUCAUCAACCUCAACCACAACAUGUUCAUUCGGGUGCAACCUCCCCUCGGAAUGGUCAACAAAGUAUGGCUCCAUCAUCUGUGCUAUUGAAUAGCGCUGAGAUGUUUGGAAAAUCCAUCUCCAACUUCCUUUCCCCAUCUCCCCAACCUGCAUCCACAUCCCCUCCACUUGCGGUACAAGAACCUGCAGUUCCAGAUUCAACACACAUUCAACCACAACCACAAACAGAAGAUACUCCAGUUACUAGAGAGACAUUUGAUACCCUUGUUCAAAUGUUCCCCAACUUGGAUAAGGGUAUACUUCAAGAUUUGGUAUACAUCAAAAAGGGAAAUAUUGAUGAAUGUGUAGAUACUUGUUUGGAAUUGGUUGCAGAUACAUAA